ACAACCACUUCCUGGUGUUAUUUGUUGUGGCAAUACCGUGGAUUUUUUGCCUAGACUGGGUACAGUUUCUGUCAGAAUUGACAAGAAUGUCCUUUUCGUAGGUUAGGAGAAUUCCCACAGCUGGUUACGAUAAUUAAUGUCACAGGUUAGGAUAAUUAGGUCAAGGUUAGGAAAAGGGUAGGCUAAAAUAAAUCAACUUUUGACGUAUAUUUGACAUAAACUGCAUCCCAUCUAGCGAUGAGGAAUACUGUGGUACUGAAACGGCCAGCUGCACAGAUCAGGAACAAGGAAGACACAUCGCUACUAGAUACCAUACAUAUUUGAAGUGUGCCUGUACUAUCGGCAGGGAUCAAAUAGAAAGGUUGAACAAGUUACGGAUCUCACGCUGCUUCAGAACGCAAGCUUGGUCUCGAAGAGUAAAGCCGGUGGCGCGAUCUGUCGCGAUGUUGUAAACCAUGGACAGCAGAAUAAACGAGAUUCCCGAAAGGACGUUUGAUUUGGUACUACAGAUUGCAUGCCCAACAUCUGAAAAUGAAGAUCCUGCCGUGCUGUGGAGCUUCCCCCAGGACUACACAGACCAGGAGUUUCUCCAGACGGUACCCAAGUUCUGCUUCCCCUUCGAUGUGGAGAGGGUUUCCCAGAGUCAGGUGGGCCAGAACUUUACCUUUGUGCUGACGGACAUCGAGAGCAAGCAGAGGUUUGGCUUCUGCAGACUCACUUCCGGCUGCCGUGUCUGCAUCUGUCUGCUCAGUUAUCUCCCCUGGUUUGAGAUCUACUACAAGCUCCUGAACACACUAGCAGAUUACCUAACCAAAAACCAGGAGAAUGAGCUGAAUGACAUGCUGAACUCACUGUACAGUCUGCCGGUGCCAAAGCCCUUCACCCAAGUCAACCUGAGUGUGACCGCACUGUUGCAUAUAGCCACUGGGCAAGUACUGAGCGAUGCACCAAGCCAGCAGCCGCACUCCUACUUCAUAGCCCCAGAUAUCAACGGCUUGCCCACAAUCCCCGAGAGUAGGAACCUGACAGAGUAUUUUGUGGCAGUAGACGUCAACAAUAUGCUGCAUCUGUACGCCAGCAUGCUGCACGAAAGACGCAUCAUCAUUACCUCAAGCAAGCUUAGCACUUUAACUGCGUGUGUCCACGGCUCUGCUGCCAUGUUGUUCCCCAUGAACUGGCAACAUAUUUACAUCCCUGUACUGCCUCCACAUCUACUGGACUACUGCUGUGCCCCCAUGCCAUACCUUGUGGGAGUUCAUCUCAGUCUGCUCGAGAGAGUGCUCAGCAGGUCAUUGGAGGAUGUAGUGAUUCUGAAUGUGGACACCAACACACUGGAGAGCCCCCAGGAUGACCUGCAGAACCUGCCCAGCGACGUGGUCCACUCUCUGAAGAGUAAGCUGAAGAAGCAGUCGACAUCAACAGGAAGCGGAGUAGCAAGGGCUUUCCUUCGGGCUCAGGCUGCUCUGUUUGGAUCCUACCGAGAUGCCCUCCGAUACAAACCUGGGGAACCAGUCACGUUCUGCGAGGAGAGCUUUGUGGCUCACCGCUCCAGCACCAUGAGAAACUUCUUGGAGAUGGCGGUCAACCUGCAGCUCUUCAAACAGUUUAUUGACGGCCGGCUGGCCAAGCUGAAUGCAGGACGAGGCUUCACUGACCUGUUCGAAGAGGAGAUCAGUGAGGGAGGCUUCUGUGGAAGUAAUUCCAGAUCUUAUCAACAGUGGGUGCACACCGUCAAGAGAGGCGGCGUGCUGAUCAACACUGCAAUGACUAAGGCCAAGAGUCAUGCCAAGAGGGGCAUUCGCAGGCUCAAGCAAAGGGUGACCUAUGAAGAAGAGGAUGAUGGGCCGUUCUGCUCAGGGUCUCCCACCAGCACCAAGAGUCUGUCACCACGGAGACUGCAGAAGAGGAGACAUCCUUAUUAUGCAAAGUCUUCCAUGGGAUGUCCUGACUUUGCCGUCGAUGACGAUGAACUGGACACUGCCAGCAAGAUCUCGUCUGAGGACAGUGGGGAGAUGCCGUCCUACACUGAGGACAGUGACGACUCCUAUUCGCUGGAGCUAGACACAGACUCCUCCCACACGGGCCAGAUGAACCUAUUAGAGGAGAUCCUUGACUCUCUGAGCACCACCAGCACAGAGCAUGGCAAACUCAGCGCUGCCAAGAGCCUGGACUUCUUCAGAUCUAUGGACGACAUCGACUAUAAGUCUCCGAACAAGUCCAACCCCCACAGUGAGAGUAAUCUGCCCCAGAUGUGUACCAGUGGCAGCAGGGUGGGUGGAGUAGGUGGGGGAGGGGAACAGGGAGGAAGCUGGCAGGACGACAGUGCCCUCCACGGGAAGCACCUGCCCCCCUCCCCUCGUAGACAGCCUAGCAAGAGCAGCCUCAAGAAGCCAAAGCAAAACCCCUUGACAGCCUCUCCACCGGCCACAGCUGCAGUCCCAGCCAAGGACAACAAGGUCCCCAAUCUCCUGCCCAAGAUCCAGGCCCCUCAGACCAAGACCCAGCCCCUUCAUGCCAAGCCCCCGAUCUGUCUCUCUCAGCCCCGUCCAGAGGAGCCUUCGCUCCCAACACCUACAUCACCACACCUGGGAGACCAAAACCCCUCUUCCAGCCGCUCUCCUGCACCAAUCCGUGCAUCCACACACAACCCUCCACCGGCGACACACAACCCUCCACACACCUCAACGCUGACCCGUGUUAGAGCCUCCACAGACCCCCAGCCUGAGUCUGAGACCAAACCCCAGACCACAUCCAGCAUCCUGCGGGGGAAUGUGCUAUCCAAGGAGACGGUGAGGCAGGACCAGGCCCUCCAGAGGCAGGGCAGUCAGGACAAAGAGAGGCAGGGUGUGAAGGCCAGGCAGCCCUCUGUGCUGGUCCCCUGGGAGAGAGGGAGGCCAGAGGAGGGGGGACAGGGAGAGGACCAGGGCCCAGGGCUGGGGUUGGGGAAGGAACAGGGCUCUUCUCUCUCUGGGGCAGAGGUCCAGGAGAAAGGCCUUCUAGAGGAAAUAGAGUCUAUGUGUCAUCUCAGCUCAGCCUUCCAGACCAGCCUACAGCUGUCCCAGGUCCAGUGCCACACCAACAACACACAUAAUAAUACCCACAGCAAAGCCAGCGACAAGUCCUGAGACGAACAGGGACAGGGACAGGGGAAGGGGUGCUUGAGGUAGAAGUUGCCCUUAAGAAUCAGACUGCCCUCCCCAAAUCCUGACCUUAACCACUGAGUGGAAAAUGUUUACGAAAAGAUCAGUGUGUUUUAAGAGAACAAAUACAUUUUUCCUUCGAUCUGAAAGUAUUGUAAAGACACAAAGUAAACCCCAAUGACCUUGGUAACUCUUCCACUGUACAGUUUCCUAACACAAUGCCUUAAACCAGGGAUGGGCAACCGCGGGUCGCCUUUUGUAGGUCUGAGGACCAAUUUCACCAAAAAUAUACAACUUUUUUUUAUGAACUCAGUCGGGGUUUCAACUUACUGUUAAGAGUUAGAAUAGUAGGUGCAAGGUGCAAUUUUGAAAUUUGAUUGUGCAUCAGUAGUCACUCAAUUAGCUCAUGUCGGCUAAAAUGUUUUAUAUUGGUAAGUUAGUCUAGUGGCCAGCUACCUAAACUUGUAGUAAGCAUGGUCGAAUUACUGACCGGGUUGGGGCCCACUGAUCAUCAGUUAUCAUAUUAAAAGCUGUUAACAUUUGCCUCCACCCUAUGGCAAAAUGUGUAGAAUUGCAGCAAACUUGCUUUAAAAUGUCAACAUUUUCUCCACGCCCCAUGGCAAAAUGUGCAGAAUUGCAGGAAAUUUAUUUUAAAACUUAAAAUUGGUGGGGGAGGGGGUAUGGACCCACUGGCCACUGUAGCCCCUCGUGAUGAGUUUUUUUUGUGGCUCCCACACCUAUCAAAGUUGCCCAUCCCUGCCUAAAACGGAGGUGUGCUUUGCAUUUGGUACUGCUCAGUCUUAAAAUAAUGUAACUGUUACUUUGGAAGCAGUUGAUCUGCUUAGAUCUACUAUCACAUGAAUGUGGAAAACAGACAGCUUUCUCACUGUGCUUAGAUAUAUUAAAGAUAGUUGAAUAUAUGUUGCACUCAGAGAGAAGCUCUAUUUAGUUUGAUUUCAGAGGCUUAUCUAUUUAGAGAUGUAUUUUUCUCAAGUGUUUUGUUUCUCAGGAUACUCCUGUCUGUUAGGAAAGAAACGGCGAAAAGGACUUGUGUAAAUACAGCGGGUAUGAAUGAAUAGACAAACCCAUCCAUGGCACCUAUCUCACCGUCUCUUUGUCGGUCUCUCUCUCUCUCCAUCUCUCUCCCUCUCUCGCUUCCUGUCCCCAUCUCGCCACUCCUUCCCACUCGUGCUCGCUCUCCUCCAUUCACCCUUCCAUCCUCACCAUCUCCCACAAUCUCUGUCUAUCCUCCUACCCUCACACACUCUCCUCCUUUUUCUGAGGAUUUACCCCAGUGUUUUACCCAAAAGGCUCAGACUUUUCUGUUUCCAUCUACGCGGGCUGGCACCCGUGUCUCAAUCGGCUAUGGGUAGUUUUCAGCCUUCGUUUACAUAACAAUGGCUAACUGGGAACUUGGAACACCUUGUCACAAAGCAACAGUCUUGAUGAUGCAGACAUUGUUGAUUCUGCUACCCCCAAGUCUUUAGUGUCACACUCCUGAUGGAAAUGAUAUCACUAGAGCUUACAUUAACAGAAAACACUGACGGCCCACUGGUAUGGGGGUAUGUCAUUGGUAAAACCACCCAUGAGUGCUUUAGGAGGAGUGUGAUUUCACCACUUGAAAUCUCUGCUAUGUGCACACACCGAAUGAAAUGCUUUGUCCCAUACCCUGAUGCUACCACACUGUGUUUGACUGGAAGGCUUGAGAUGAUUGUAGAACAGUAAUAAAGCGAUACGGCUCUCCUCUGAGAAUAUGGACGGACGUCUAAAGAGAUUUUACAAGAAUCUCCCAUGGAGAGAAUGCAAGCCCUUUGGGUAAUGUCCAGAGAUGGUGGCCACUCACUAUUGUACCACUUUAGUACAUACAGACAAAAUAAAGUAUUUUCCAGUGCUUGUUUGUGGUUAUGUUGACGAUGAGUUUAGCCUGUUUAAGCUAGUGAUUUAUGUGGCAUGCCGUUGAGUGUGACGGUUUAACGGUAGCUCUUUCCCCGUCCUGAGAGUUGGGCUGUGGUAACGAUGAGAUCGUAAAGCAUUCUCCGUGGCUCUGGGAAGACCUCACUUCAGCUAUUAAUUUGGAUUUGAAAGGGCCCAUGUACAAUUUAUGUUCGCCUAUUCUAUGUUUCAAUUUUGCUAUUUAUUUGGGCAGCUUUGAAGUUGGAGCACUGUCUAUAUACUAUGCAAAACGUUUUUAAAGUUUCCAAAUUCAGAAUAGAAUUUGAGGUUACCAUUAUAAAGAUCAGGUAAUUGAUAAUCAUAUUUGUGAAUCCAUAGGUCCUCUGUAAUUUGGCCUUUUCUGAGUACCACUCAGCAUGGUCAACACAAGUCAUUAGGGAGAAAUCGAGUGGCUCUAAAGAGUCAACGUUUCAACUGAUAUAGUCUGUAUAUGCAAAAGAGACCGAGAACCACUGGUCCAGUCAGUGGGGAGGCACUGAGAAUAAGCCACGUCCUUAAAGAUGGAAUCCGAAUUGGGGGUGGGGGGGAAACAGCACCACUGGUUUCUGAACUGAGGAGCGUCGCUCAGCAUGGUAAAACAAAUUGCAGUACAUAUUGUGCUCGUCUACGGCACGUGCAAUGAUGUCCGAGGAGAAAAAACGGUGUUUGCUGUUUACAGUAACUUAUUUGUUGUUGAAAUAUCGCAAACGGACAUGGUUGUUUCACCAUUAAGGAUUCCAGCUUUAAAUGCUUGUUGGUCAGUUCUUUCACCUAUGAGAUCCACUAGAAUAGACUUCAUUUCUGUUUAAAUCUUUCUGUUUCUGUUUUUACAUUUUGUAAUGAGGCUUACUGUAUGUGUUCUUUUUUUUCCCCAUCUGUGCUGAUAUUUCAAUGGUCUUUCAGACUGCACUCACUAUGGAGAAGGAUCUUGUUAUGCUUUGUUGUAGGUAGUUAUAUUUUAAGAUGAAUUAUAGAUGAAAGAUUGUAUUUUUUGUGUUUCAAGUAUAUUUUACAAGGAGAAUAUAUAACUGGUAUAAUAAUAUAUUGUAAAUGAUUCAUAGAACAAACAAGCUUUGAAUGUUGUUAUAUCAUUUUUGGGGGGGGGGGGAAUAUUUUGUAUAAUUAUAAAAUGUGUUAACUCAAACCAUUUGCCAUCCAGCCACUCACGUUUCAUGUUACAGCAUUUCAAUUCAUCAGAUAGGUGACAGAAACUGCAUACCUAUGAAUUGAACCUCCUUUUUUUCAGUUUGUGUUUUUCAGUAGAAUAUCCCAUUUUUUCCAUUCCCCUGGUUCAAAAUAUCUGUAUUGGCCAUGUUCUGCUAAUCUAAUUUUGCUGUUGAAUGUGUUUUAAAGUUAAGUCAGCUCAAAUUAAAAAAAGGUAGCGUCAAGUGUUGUCCAAUAUCCACACUUUGUUCAGCCAACUUGAAAUACUUUAUUAGUUAUUUCAUCUACUACAUGACUACUGUAUUAACUGCGAUGGAUUAGGAGGUUUUACUUGAGCAAUGUCUUACUAACACUUGCAAUAGUCAGCUAGGAAUCCUUUGAGGCUGAGUAUCUGUGUUACUGAAAAGCUGGUAUUUUUAUGACUGAAUGUCUUUACUGUCUCCCAGCUUACUGACUGAUGCAGAAGAAAAUAGGAUGAAAGCUAACCUCUUCUCUUUUCUAAAUGCUACGAUUGGCAUUUCCCUUUUUCCUAAUACUCAUGUGAUAUGAAAAAUCAAAACCACUGAUUGUCAGGAACUAACAGAGGCAUAUCACUUGUCUUUUUAACCUUUCAUUCACUGCAGUGACAAUACUGAGACUGUCGACACAGUUCAUGUUCAUUCAUUCACCUUUUCCACUGGUCCCUAGACAUGGUAGUGUAGUUAUUUGAAGAUGCUGUAUGCAACCUACUGAAGUCUACUUCGUGCACACUUAAUUGCAUGUUCUCAAUGCCGAGAAAAACUGUUGUCUUAAAUAACGUAUAGGUCAAUCUAAUGUGCUAUCGACGCAAUGGUACAACUGUGAACUUAAAAAUAAAUGAUAUUCAUGUUAAUGCAA